CCUGGUCCCUCAAUCACCUCUCUCUAAAAGGCAUUUGAAAAAAUCAGAGAGAGAUAGUGGAAGACGAAGCAGCAGAGCAUUUCUCAGGUCUCUCCUGGACGACGCCGUCAGCAAGAUUUGUGGUGGUGUUUUCUAUUAAAAUGACGGCUGCAGCAACUGCUUCUUCCGCGGGUCCACGAUAUGCACCGGACGACCCUACUCUCCCCAAACCAUGGAGAGGUCUAGUCGAUGGCAAAACCGGCUACCUUUAUUUUUGGAAUCCUGAGACCAAUGUUACUCAGUAUGAGAGGCCUAGUACCUCUGCUAUUCCGCCAAAGUCUUCUUCUUCAGUACCCAUCACUCCUUCUGUUCAAGUCGAGCAGUCUUCUUCUCAUCGAGGGUAUAGCCCUGAUGAUAGGUAUGGAAGAGCCCACAAUGCUGGAUCAAAAGCUGAUGCUGUUACCAGGAGUAGUCAGAGUUCAAGAGGUACAGCAAUUCAAUCCGAUAAUGUCCCAAAUGGAACAGCCAAUGGAAUCUCUGCUAGAGGACACGGAUCAUCAUCUGAAGGAAGUGGUUUGACUGGAGAGGCUUAUCGCCGCCGCCAUGAAAUUACUGUCACUGGAGAUGAGGUGCCCCCUCCUCUAACAUCAUUUGAAGCUACUGGCUUUCCUUCUGAGAUUUUGAAAGAGGUACUCAAAGCAGGUUUUUCUUCCCCAACUCCAAUUCAGGCACAAUCAUGGCCGGUUGCUUUGCAGAGUAGAGAUAUAGUGGCUGUUGCCAAGACCGGUUCAGGAAAAACAUUAGGUUACCUUAUUCCAGGCUUUAUCCAUCUCAAGCGCUGCCGUAAUGACCCUCAACUGGGCCCAACUGUGUUGGUAUUGUCUCCAACAAGAGAGUUAGCAACACAGAUACAAGAUGAAGCUGUGAAGUUUGGAAAGUCAUCAAGAAUUUCCUGCACGUGCUUGUAUGGAGGAGCACCAAAGGGUCCCCAGUUAAAAGAACUAGACAGAGGAGCAGAUAUUGUGGUUGCCACUCCUGGUCGCUUGAAUGACAUUCUUGAAAUGAGGAGAGUUAGCCUCAAUCAGGUUAAAUACCUUGUACUAGAUGAGGCUGAUCGCAUGUUGGACAUGGGAUUUGAACCCCAGAUACGAAAGAUUGUAAAGGAGGUGCCUGCUCGUCGCCAGACCCUCAUGUACACUGCAACUUGGCCAAAGGAAGUUAGGAAAAUUGCAGCAGAUCUAUUGGUCAAUCCUGUUCAGGUUAAUAUCGGCAACAUAGAUGAGCUUGUGGCAAACAAGUCAAUCACACAGCAUGUGGAAUUAUUGGCACCCUUGGAGAAACAUAGACGGUUGGAGCAGAUAUUGCGGUCUCAAGAACCUGGAUCGAAGAUUAUUAUUUUUUGCUCAACAAAGAAGAUGUGUGAUCAACUUGCUCGCAACCUUACCCGCCAAUUCGGAGCUGCUGCUAUUCAUGGCGACAAAUCUCAGAGUGAGAGGGAUCAUGUUCUGAGUCAGUUCCGUACUGGGAGGUCUCCAAUACUUGUAGCCACUGACGUAGCUGCUCGAGGACUAGAUAUCAAAGAUAUCAGAGUGGUUGUCAAUUACGACUUCCCUACUGGCGUGGAAGAUUAUGUUCAUAGGAUUGGGAGAACAGGGAGAGCAGGGGCCAUUGGAGUGGCCUACACGUUCUUUGGUGACCAAGAUGCAAAGUAUGCCUCAGAUCUUAUCAAAGUUUUGGAAGGAGCAAAUCAGCUAGUUCCUCCAGAGAUCCGUGCUAUGGCUUCACGUGGUGGAGGGGUGAUGGGAAGGUUUAGACGUUGGGGCUCUGGUUCUGGUGGUCGUGAUGGAGGCCGUGGUGGACAUAGUGAUUUUGGAUACGGUGGAAGAGAUGGUGGAAGGGGUAGUUGGGGAGUUUCUAAUUCCUCUUCCAGCAGACCAGAACGAGGUGGAGGCUGUGGACAUGACCAUGAGUCGCAGGCCAGGUAUGACCGGGGUUACAGUGAUGGAUAUGAUAAAGGCCACAAUCACAAUCGGAGCCCUGAUAAGGGACCAGGUUGGGGUGAUCACAGUAAAAGCUUGAACCGUGAUAGAAGCCGCAGUCGGAGCCCAGACAGGUAUGAUAGGGCUCUGCCAGUGCGAAGUUUUCACCAGGCAAUGAUGGACAAGGGUCGGGCAUCCCCAUCUAAUCAAAUUCAGCAUGAGAGGUCCCGAUCCCCUUGUGCUGCUGCUGUUGGUGGUAGCAGUUUUCACAAGGCAGUCAUUGAAAGAGGUCGAUCCCCUUGUCGUGGUAGUGGUGGCAGUUUCCAUAAGGAAAUGAUGGAACUAGGUCGAUCAUCAUCAUACCAUGCACAGCAGGAGCGAGGGAGAUCACUGAGAAGUGGAGGAAUUAAUGCGGGGCCACAUUCUGGUCAUGAUGGCAGAGGAUUUAAUGCUGGACCUCAUUCUUAUUUUGGAGGAGAAGAGGAGGAAGGAAUGAUUCCAGCUGAUGAAGAUGCCAGGAUGCCACCGGAUAAGGGCAUGUAUCCACGAGCACUAGACCACCAUCUUUCUCCUUGAUGGUUUUGCUGAUAGUAGAUGCGGUCCUUUUUCUUCUUUUUUUUGUUUGGUUCUUUGCUGUUGCUGAAAGUAGGGGAAGCAUAGCUGAAUGGUGGGCCGUUGAUUCUUGGUGGAUGUGCCCCUUAAUUUUGAAAAGACGAAAGACAAACAGGACGUCUCUUUCUCAGAGGUUCUGUUCCUUGUUUUAGGGCAUAGGAGGGAAAAUACUUGAAUGUAACUGGUAGUAAUCUAACGAUGCAAUUCAAGUGAUGGACGUUGUUAUGUAAAUUUCUUUGUUGAUGAA